CCACCUGCUUUAAAACGGUCUUCUCUCUUCUACUCUCACCUCAUCAAUUUCUCUUCUUCCAAGCCAUUGCUGCACCAUCUCAGCAUCUGUAGGGGAGGCAUUUAGUUGUUCAUCUCCCACAAACGCCAAGGUUAUCUUCGUCGCAACACCACUGAAGUCAGCGAUUCAUACAACUGUGAUCAUGGAUUCACUCACAACUCAUCCAUCCAAUGCUCAGCAGGCCAAGGCCUUUACCUCGCCAGCAUCGCUUUCCUUUCCUGGAGGUGCCGGAGACUUGACUCCUCCUUCGUCAGAGAAGGAAGGCAACCUGGUUGGAAUGAACGGUCAGCAGCAGGGAGCAAAUGCCAACGGCAACGGGGUGACACCCGCGACUCCGGCUGCGACUCCAGGGGCGAACAACGUGGGGAGUGGCAUUGUGCCUACUUUGCAAAACAUAGUCGCAACUGUCAAUCUCGACUGCCGUUUGGAUCUCAAGACCAUUGCACUCCAUGCUCGAAAUGCGGAGUAUAAUCCAAAGCGUUUCGCUGCCGUGAUUAUGCGUAUUCGCGAGCCCAAGACUACUGCUCUGAUCUUCGCGUCGGGCAAGAUGGUGGUUACUGGUGCCAAGUCGGAAGAUGACUCGAAACUCGCAUCACGAAAAUAUGCGCGUAUUAUCCAGAAACUUGGUUUCAAUGCCAAGUUCACCGAUUUCAAGAUCCAGAACAUCGUCGGCUCGUGCGAUAUCAAAUUCCCCAUUCGCUUGGAAGGACUUGCCUCGCGCCAUCAUAACUUCAGCUCUUACGAGCCUGAACUUUUCCCUGGUCUGAUCUAUCGCAUGAUGAAACCCAAGAUUGUUCUCUUGAUCUUCGUCAGUGGCAAGAUUGUCCUUACCGGUGCUAAAGUCCGCGAGGAGAUAUAUCAAGCCUUCGAGCUGAUCUACCCCGUGCUUUCUGACUUCCGUAAAACAUAAAGGGGUUGGUCACUUCGUUGAUUGCUACUCUUGUGGUAAUCACAAGUUUUUCGACUCAUGUAUUAACAUUUUGGUUCUCCUAAUUAGAGUCCAUCGGGAUGAGUGUCGUUCGUCAAUUGACCGUUCGAUCGAAAUACUUUUCCACACCCGAGCUCGGACUCCCCCUAUCACGAUUGGUUGAUGUUUAGCAUUUUAGCGGCGUUCUAGCGAUUCGAUUGACUCCGGGUCUUGUGUUUUUCCCCCUCUAUUUCAAAAGAAUCCGUUCCCAAACUGUUAUAUUAGAAGGUUGCGUAACCGCAGACUGUUUUUUUUUUUUCUUUCAUUUUGAUAUGGGCGGUACAUUUGCGCUGGUCGAAUCAGUACCUGCCUGUUCAUGUUGCCCCCUUUUUUUUAACUAAUUAUCACUUCGGUUGCAGUCUCAUCACUUUACUUUUGUAUCGUUGAUGGGCGGUUGUGGCAGAUUGUUGUCAAGAAAGAAGAAAAGGCUCAGUGUGCCGUUUGAGGUCGCGCCUUACUAGCCAGACCUGUCACUCCAAUAGCUCAAAGACUACGUAUUCAAUACUAGUUGGAGAAAUGAAGAAAUCUUGAAAAUAUGUCCACGUAAUGACUAUCUAAACUAACACUGAACGGUAUCUACACUCAGGUGUGACAUAUCGUAUGCUUGUAACUAUACCCUGAUAAUGUUUGACGAUCACAGACGACUCGAUCUCGCAAGCUCAUCCUUUAAUAUCAUCCCAACUUUCCCAGACCGACUCCCAUCUCUCGUCACAACAAACUUUACCCCCUCUCUUUCCAUACUGCCCUCACGCUGUUCUUGUUGAUCCGGCCAUUUCCACAAUCUCUGUAAUUCAGGAUCUAGUCUCCCCUCGAGAGCAUUGACGAUUUGAUCUCCCAACACGGGGAAGAAUUUAUAGCCGUGGCCACUGCCACCGGUGGCUAGGAAGAGGUUUGGAUGGGAUGGGUGGUAGGUUAUGAGGAAGUCGCCAGUGGGACUGCUGUUCGUUAGUAGGAUUCAAUAUUGGAGAUACGAAGGGUGGACGUACGUAUCUGAAUACCAGCAGAUUCUGGUCCGCGCAAACGGUCUCUCGGCGAAGGCCGGUAGCAUUUCACGAAGAGCUUGGCGACAGGCCCUCUCGCCUUCGGCUGGGAUUGGCAGGUCGUGCACCGGCAGACUAACUCUCAUAGUUUGCGAAGAGCCUGGUACCGGAACAUCCGACGGAUUCAAGUAACCAUAUGCAUGACGCGCAAUCUUGAGUAAAUUGUUUCGUGGCGGGAUAAUAAACAUGCCCGUCGAAAAGCUGAGGAUGGUGGGCAUAUGGGCUAAUUGUGCCUGCUCUUCGUCUGUGAUGUUGAUAUAUGCCAAUACUUGACCUGUUGCGUCCACGAUACCGCGGAGGUCGACUAAUCUGCCUGUUGCUGCACCUGUCGCGAGAAUGAUCAGGUCCGCGGUGAUUGUCGAGGUGGUACCAUUCGCGGUAUCCUUCAGUAUAGCACCGGUGACUCUGCGUUGAGAAGCUGAUGAUGAUGAUGAUGAUGUCUCGUCAAA